AUUACACGUUACAACGAAAAAUGGAGCGAUUAAUUCUGAACUCGCCCCUGAAUAGAACUACGACGUAAGCCCGUUCUAGUGCCAUUUCGUGCAGAACAGUUCAAGUGCAUCACACUCCAGAGCAGAAACUGGAAAAGUUCGCUUACCAGUGCGGAUACCAAAAUCGCCCUCCUAUUCUAUUGUCAAUAAUUAUGUCAAUAUGCCAAAUAGUCGACUUUGUUGUUGUUUUGUUUUUAUUCAAAUCAUAAAUUAUUAGAUGUUUAAUUAAUAAUGUUUCUACCAAUUAAAACACCACCAAAAUAGUUUUAAUUUAUUGUUCAAGUUCAAUUCAAACACAUUAGAUUCUUUUGUAUUAGAAUCACAGUGCAUCGUGAUGGAAAACCAACAUAAUUGUUACCCAUUGUAAGUAACGGCAAUUCAAACAUGUCAUCCAAUCUAAAUACUUAAUAAUUUGAGUAAAGUUAACGUAGGACACGUCCGCUUGACCUCGGACCCAAUCGCUACACAUUUUUUUUUGCGUAGGUACACCCCACGCCUUCCACAUCCACACACUAACUCACUACCGAGUCGAAACGAGGCUGACCUAAUGAUCUCGCAGGAGAGAGAUGGCAAAGUAUCAUAUGACUCGACUGCACGUGAUUUUUAUUUAUUGUUUUCACUGCUGGCAUCGAAUCAGACUUGACUCGUGCUGAUUCAACCUCUACAUGAAUGUGAAUAGUGCAGGGUCGAUGGUAUGGCUCUUUUCAAUAAACUGUUUUCAGGACUUAAAAUUGUACAACAAAAUUGUCAUGACGAUGAACCUAUCAGUCAUAGAGUAUCAUCAUUUGGUGUUGAACAAGUACGACUGGUACUUUUCAGAGAGUGCGAUUUUAGAGGCCGUAAACUCCUAUUCGAUUCUAAUGCUACCGCAAAGAUUCAGCUGGAAAAAGCGGAGACGGAUACAAAGUUCGUCGAAGUUUGUAACGGAUAUGGGUAUUUAGUGGUUGCCAAAAAAAAUGCUGACUACGAGCAACUAUCUGAAAUGGUUUUUGGAUCAGUUGCAAUGAGUUUUCGUGGUACUUUUUUAAAAAUUCAUAGUCUCAAGGAGCCUAAUCGAAUCAUGUUUACUCAGGUCUUUCCAAGUCCUCAUAGUAAACGCCCUAAAACUUCAUCAACAUCAAGCAUUCAGUCUCAUUCAUCCACACAAAGCAACUUUGAACAUUCCAUUAAACUAGAUGAUUCUGGAAGAAAUAGUGCUUUUUCCACUAGCGACAGAUUGUCUGAUAGAAGUACAGCUUCGGAUACUGUUUUAGUUUAUCGAAGGCGUCAAAGCAUUCCUCUAGACGUUCCCGGGAGGGUUUCCAGCGGCUCAAAAAACAGUUUAGUGGUCGAUUCUGGAUGUGCUGACCAGUCAUUUUCAAGUUUAAGUACUGGGCCUUUGAAUUUUCCUACAUGGGAAUCUACAUUUUCCAAUAAAGAUCUUUCGGCUAUUUCCUUUUCAUCAAGUGGUAUUUUUAGAAGACUACUCAGGAGUUCUACUAGAUCCUUACAGGGUAGUUCUACAUCAUUGCCAAAUUCCUCUGAGGGUAUUCACAAAAGUCACCAUCAGAAAACAAGUAAAUUGGGGUUGACAAUUAGCAUAGAAUUGCCUUCGGGAAAAGAAAAAUUUCUAACCCAAUUUCUAAUGGAACACAUUGCCUUAAUUGAAUCCUUGAUAUGGCGCACCCAUCAUUCAGUGACUUUAGCCUACCAUCGCCCAUCCUCUUUUAUUUCGUUCAUGAUGGAAGUGGCCCAGAGUACUGCCGAAUGGUUAGUGAAUUUAUUAAACGCCCCAGGUUUGAUGACAAACUUGUGGCAACGUCUCUCUUGCAACUGUGAUACUAGUGUUAAUGCAUUUAUAUCUCAUUUAAGUGACAAUAGUGCCAAUUUGUGCCGGUCGUUUCAAAACCAAACCAGUGAUACUAGCAGGGAUCGUAGUUUAUUUCUGGGCUCUUUUAGUGGCCCACCAGUGUCGAGUACCAUUGACAUAAUGGGAUUUAAUUUUAGUAAAUUUUUAAAGACUGAUUCAAAUAAGGAUGUUGUUAAAAAAACUGCGGAAAAUAGUGAUUUUGUUGGUGAUGGAUUUUUGAAGCAAUUUUGUGAGCUGGUGGAGGCGUUUGAUGUUAAAGAUACCAACUUUUUCAUCAGCACACUCCUAACUGCAGUCCUCACCCAUCAUCUCGGCUGGGUAGCAACCGUUUUUCCCCCAUCCCCACUAGAAACUGAAUAUUAUAAUAAAAACUUCAAACAGCCUUAUAACGCUCUCUGGAGCCAAUUAACAGAUUUAUACGGAGCUAUAGGUCACCCUGUAAAAACUGCUCAGACUGUGAUAACUGGAAGUAACAAAAUCAACGUCUCUAAACUAUUAAGCGCUCUUACCUAUUUUAUAAGAUUCAGCAAUGUGGAGCGAAAGCAAUUUUACAGGCCUUACGUACAAGGAGAGAAUAAGACAGCAGAGUUACUAUGUAUUAAAAGUAAUUCAAUAUCAAAGCAAAAUUAUAAGAAAUAUGAGGAUCAUUUAAAAGAGUUGUUAGUGCCCGAGUCGCCUAAACCUGGAUGUAGUAGUGAGGAAAAACCUUCUUGUAGUCAAAUGAAAGAAGUUUUGAUCCUACAAGCAGCUAAAGGGUUGAGUAAAAUUAAAUCAAGUGGUGGUUUAGCUGGAUUGAUACCAGAAAACCCAAAGUUAUCAAAAGUAGCUUCUAAUUUAGGUAAUAUUUCAGUUGAAGCGGAUUGUGAUGAAAAUCAAAAUAAAAAAUCUUUAGCUAAAUCGAUUAAAUUUAAUAAUUUGACAUUGUUAGAACAAAAGACUGAAAAUGUUGAAAAUAAUAAUAAUUGUGAAAAUAAUAAAUCAAAAAACGUAAUAUUCGUUUUGGGUGAAGAUGAAACAUUAGUUGGAUUCAAAAAGGAUGAAGAUAUUGCCCCAACAAAGAUGGAUAUUAAAGUGGGAUCUGGAGCCAAAAGAAAGGUUUCUUUAGCCAAAAGACCUUCAUCUUUGAACUUAUCAAAAACCAGUUAUGAACUUUUUAGUGAAAAUCAAUCAGAAUCUAUUUGCCCGUAUAUGCAUCCUUCGUCUUCAUACGAAUCUCUUUGUAUAGAUCCAAGUGAGAAACCUUCCAAAAAUUCGAAUAUUAGAGCUCAAAGUGAACCACCCGAAAUACGAAAAGUAGCACCAUACUCUCGAGUGAAAUUCAAUUUGCAACAAUACCCUCAAGUCGUUAGAAACUACAUGAAAAGCAAAAAUAUCGAAUUAGAAGGUUUGAGUUUAGGCGAAAAAGUUUUUGAUAAGUUUGCCACAGUGCAAAACAAUAUUAAACUGGAUUUGUCUGGAUAUGAAACUGACGGGGAAGAAGUGGAAGCUUUGCAGACUCCUUCGAAUGCUUCAGAAUUGGAAUUUAGUCCAGAUAUGGGAACGGAUGAGGUGAGGGAUUCAAGGGAAGCAUCUCCAGUUGGAUUGGAGAAGCUUAUGAAGAUAGUCGAUAUUCCCAUGCCAAAGUCUAUGAUUAGUGAUAAUCAAGAAUCCUCAAUGCCAUACACCUCAACAGUAAUCAAAGGAAUUGUGGACACGUUUAUUCCCGAUAUGGCACUACAGGGGGUUGUAAGCUCCAAGCAACAAUGGUAUUCGGAGUUGAAAAGUAAUCUGGCAAUGAAUGCUCAACAUUCCUUAUUGGAUCAACCUGUUGAUGAAGCAUUAGCCAUUGUGGCUAAUACGGAUACAUGGGAAGUACAAGUUUUAUCUAGUCACACAUACGUCAUCGACAAAGGAACCAAUGGCGUUAGAGCUGGGAUGUCCCAAUUGGUCGCAAACAUGUUGGAAUCUCUAUUACAAAUGUGGAAAUUGAACAUUCCUACUCAAUAUUGUAUGUUACAUAUUGAACAAAGACUUCAAGAACUUUGCGUGCGCUCCAAAGCGUUAGCGGAAAUGCUUCUAUCCAGUGAGUUUUGUAGCAUAGAAAUGCUCACUUCGACUCUUCGGAUUGAAGUAAACGACGUUCCGCUUCUUAUGGCGGUGGCUUCCACUCAUUCACCAGAAGUUACUCAGAAAUAUGGACUAAGUUUUCAUUAAUAAUAUUUUUUAUCCUGAAUAAUUAUUAAUAAUUGUUGAUUAUCUAACUUUUAAGCGCAAAUUUUUUACCAAAUGCUUGUGAAUUAUUAGUUUAAAACUUAAUUAGGUACUGAAUAGCUACUUACGUAAGGUUGUAUAGGUGAAUUUUUAGUUAGUUUUUUUUUUUUUUUUUUUGUUGUGAUAACGUGAUAUUUUUCCUUAUAUCUGAUUCCUAUAAUUAUUAUUUGUUUUGUUUAUUUUAUAUAUUUUAUUGGUUAAACUAACAUUAGGUGACAUAAUUCAACAAUUUUUGUUGUGGAGUUUAUAAGUUGUUCCAAUUAUUUUAAUACUGUUUAUCUUUUUUUAUAUUCCGACAAUAAAAUAUGGUUUUGAAAAAC